ACGAGCGAGAGAAAGCGAGAGCGAGGGGAACUAUCGCGAGAGAUCUCGCGAGAAUACAUUUCAAAACUGGCGCCGUUAGUCAAAACACUUUGGGAAUACAGACCGUUUGCUUAGUCAACCAGAAGUAAGACUUCUCGGCACGGAAACUUUGACAGCAUUAUCUGUUCGCGACGCGAUCCUAACUCCCAGGACGGAGGGGAAGAUGACGGCCGAUGCGGAACUGGAGAUUAAGGAGGCGUUUCUGAGGGCGCAGAAAAGCCACAGUAAUAAAGCCAAACUCGUGGUCGCUUUGAAAAACAGAUACAACAAGCUUGAGGACAAAACCCUCUUCCACGAGCAGUUUAUUCAUUACCUGAAGUAUGCCAUGAUUGUCUACAAAAGAGAACCUGCCGUUGAGAAUGUUAUUGAAUUUGUGGCCAAGUUUGCUACAAGUUUUGAGGUUCCUGUGGACAAUGAGGCUGCGGAAGAUGAUGAUGAAGAGGAGGAAGAAAAUAUUUUUUUAAAUUAUCUCUUUAAUUUUCUGCUGAAGUCUCACAGUGCCAGCAGCCAUGCAGUGCGCUUUCGUGUUUGUCAUCUCAUUAACAAACUGCUGGGGAGCAUGGCUGAGAAUGCCCAGAUUGACGACGACCUCUUCGAUCGCAUACACGAGGCGAUGUUGAUCCGAGUAACUGACAAAUUCCCCAAUGUCAGGAUCCAGGCUGCUCUGGCCAUGGCAAGAUUGCAGGAGCCUCAGAAUGACGAAUGUCCCACUAUAAAAGCCUACAUCAUGAUUCUUGACAAUGACACUAACUCUGAAGUGAGACGGGCGGUGCUGUCUUGCAUAGCUCCAUGUGCUCAGACCCUUCCCAAAAUUAUGCGGCGAACCAGAGAUGUGAAGGAGGCCGUGAGAAAGCUGGCGUACCAGGUCCUUGCCGAGAAGGUGCACGUAAGAGCACUGUCCAUCGCGCAGCGAGUCAAUCUCCUGCGACAGGGGCUUAACGAUGUCUCAGAGGCGGUGAAGGAGGUCGUGCAGAAGAUGCUGCUGCCGGCCUGGCUCCGGCUUCUGCAGGGCGACGUGCUGGAGCUGCUGCACAGGCUGGACGUGGAGGACUGCUCCGAGGUGGCUAUUUCAGCCCUCAACUGCAUCUUCAGUCUGUCGUCACCUGGAGACCUGCUGCAGGACCGCAUCAACCUUGACAGCAGGAAACUGAUGCCAGUGGAAACGCUCACGUGUGAGAAUGUUCUGUACUGGAGGGCGCUGUGUGAAUUCACCAAGUCUAAAGGAGACGAGGGGGAGGAGAUGCUGGAGCAGCUUCUCCCCGAGGCUGCCAUCUUCGCAGAAUACCUCUAUGGGUACUUGAAGAGCAUCCCAAUGCUAAGUGAAGAAAACAGGGCGGAUUUUUCUCAGGUGGAGGUGGUCAUGACAAAGGAGUUCAUAGGUCAGCAGCUGAUCCUCUUAGUGGGCUGCCUGGAUACAGCUGAAGAAGGUGGAAGGAAGAGGGUGCUAGCUGUGUUGCAGGAGAUGCUUGUCCUACCCAACACCCCCACCUCUCUUGUGUCUUUGCUGGUGGAAAAGCUGGUCACUGUCCUUAACGAUGAUGAGAAAAGGAUACAAGUUGUUGCAGAAAUAAUCUCUGAUGUUCGUGAACCAAUUAUGCCAGUCUGUAGUGCUGUUGAUGAAAACGAAAUCAGGAGAAGGCAAGUUAGGCUUGCAGAGGUCAAGGUUAAGAUUUUUGAAGCCAAACAGGCACUUGAGGAAUGCAUUGCUUCUCAAGAAUUCAGCCGUGCUUCAGAACUGAAGGAUUCAAUCACUGAGUUGGAAAACCUGAAGAAUCAGCUAAUGAAAGAAGCAGAGAUGCCCGAGGUGAAAGAAGUUCGCGUAGAGAAGCUUCCGCUUUCAGAACAUGAAGUGUGUUCCUCUUUGGCUUUGAGAUAUGAGCAAGAAUCCGAAAGAGAUAUGAAGAAUGACCCAGAGACCUUGUUGAAAUGCCUGACAAUGUGUGCUGAGCUGCUGAAGCAGAUGUCAAUUAAGAAAGGCAUUGGACCCACAAUGAAUGGCAUCCUUGAAACCUUGAUCUUGCCAGGCAUUGCCUGUGCCUUUCCUGCAGUGCGCAACAUGGCUGUUAUCUGCCUGGGCACUUGUGCUCUCCACAGCAAGGAUCUUGCAAAUCGGCAUCUGGUACUUCUGCUGCAGAUCGCGCAGCUGGAUGAGCCAAAGAUCAGAAUAAGUGCCCUGGGAGCUGUAAUCGACCAACUGCUGCUCAGUGGCCUGGAGGUAGUCAAGCAAAAGUCCAUUUCUACCCCAGCAGAUCAUUCUGGUUCUGAAGACGGUGAUGCCGAAAAAGGAGAAACAGGGGAUGAUGUGAAAGAACGCGAUGACGAGCAAGACACGAUCCAGAGCAUUCUGCUGAUGUUCUCCGAGUUUCUUGACAGCGAGAUACCAGAGCUGAGAACAGAGGCUGCAGAGGGUCUGGCCAAACUGAUGUAUUGUGGAAGGCUUUCCAGCACUAAGCUUCUCUCCCGGCUCAUUCUCCUGUGGUACAACCCUGUCACCGAGGAUGACACCCGUCUUCGCCACUGCCUGGGGGUCUUUUUCCAGCUGUACUCCCGUGAAAGCAGAGCGCAUCAAGAGUGCCUUGAGGAAAGUUUCCUGCCAACUUUGCAGACUCUGUUAAACGCACCUGCCACAUCACCCCUAGCUGAAGUGGACAUCUCAAAUGUAGCCGAACUUUUCAUUGAACUGACGAGACCCAGUGCCUUAAUUAAUCCCAAUAGAAGCUCUAAUUUUCAAGAUAUCUCGGUCCAUGACUGCUUGGCAGUUCGUCUCUGCAAUGAAAUUUUGAAGGACCCCACCGCACCUGAGGGGCGGUUAUACGCGAAGUGUCUUACCACUCUGGAACUCGGCACCGAAGACUGCACAUCAAAGAAGGACCUGCAACUGCUCCUGGAUGAAGUCUGCCAGAACGUAAAGGACAAAGUAUGUCUGAGGGCAAUUGAAAAAGUUAUAUGCCAACUUAAUGGAGGAUCUAAGGGCAAGACAUCAGUGACUCGGGAUGAGCUGUCUGCAGUUCACACACCAGAUGAAACCAAUCAAGAGGCUGAAAAUUGUGAAGAGGAAACAAAGUCCACUAAACGACCAAAAAGAGGACAACGGACGACCACUGCCAAAACGGCAAAGAAAGGAAGUAAAGCAAAGGAGACGUCGGACAGUGAUGGGGAGAAGACACCAGAGGCAGCUCCUGCCCCCCGGGCAUCUCGUCGGGCAAAGAUGGCAGCAAUGGAAAAAACCAAAAUGGACCUAAGCGUUCUGAUGAACAGAGAAGCAAAUUGAUAUCUAGAGUGAAAGAUGUCAUUGUUUUAUUCAUCCUUCAAGUUUAAUAAAGACAAUGCUCAUUUUAACAGUUCAGUAAUGAUUUUUGAAAAGCUUAUUUUACUAGUUUUGUUUUUAUUUACAAGUUUCUAUUAAAGGUGUGCAUAAGUCAUUGAGAAUUACAUGUGGUAAAUUAAAUCUGCAUUAAAAAUAUAUAUAUACACAUACAUAUCUCCCCAUAAGGUUGCAUUAGAAUUGGAGAAUGAGCACAGCAGCCCAGUUCUGGAUUUGAAGGAUCGACUCUAUAUUCAAUAACAAUGUUCUGUGGAAUUAUUGCAUUGAACCUGUAAUCUCAUCUUUCCAUAUAUUAAACUGUCCUUGAAAUAAACUAA